CGAGUCAGUCGAAGUCGAAGUCAGUCGAAAACGUGUCGCGGCUCUUGAACGUAAUUCAAAACAUAUUGCGCAUUGAUUCACUUGAACUGUAAGGCUCACAGCCAUGCAAGUGCAGCUAGUGUUGGCGAUCGGCCUGCUGCUGGUUUCCCUCGCAUCGGUGGCUUUCUCAAUCCGCACCUGCGAGAGCCACGAGAUCUGUAUUAGCAAGCAAAAGUGCGACGAGACGGAUGACUCCGGCAAGGGGAUCCUGGUCAAGCGCAUUCUGGACAACAGUUGCGGGCGCGGAGUGGUCUGCUGCGACAAGGAGCAGCUGGAGAGCUUCUUCGCCCACGAGGCAGAAGCGGAGCUCCGCAACCAGCGCAAGGGAAACCCCUGGAGCUCUUUGGAAGACCCCCUAGACAUCGCUGUGAAUAAGACACCAAAGGCCAGCAUUGCGCCCGACAUUGGCUAUAAAAGUUGCGGCAUUCAGAGGGAGUGUGUGCCUCGUCAUCUCUGCAAAACGGGAGUGGUCAACGAGGACGGGCGAUUCAUCAUUAAGCCGCGCAUCAACGCCGACAGUAAUUUUGGCUGCCGAUCUGUGGAACACUGCUGUCCGUUGGGAGAUCAGAUCGAUGAGGGUCAUAACCCCAUGCAUCAUGAUCUGAAGGACUUCCGGCCCAAAGGAUGCGGCUACAGCAACCCAAAGGGUCUCUACUACCAAUUAGAUGGCUACAACGACGGCGAGUCCUACUUCGCCGAGUUCCCCUGGAUGGUGGCCCUAAUGGACAUGGUGGGCAACUUCGUCUGUGGCGGCGUGCUGAUCCAUCCACAGCUGGUGCUGACGAGCAGCCACAACGUGGCCAACUACAGUGAGGACUCGCUGGUGGCGCGGGCGGGCGAGUGGGAUCUGAACAGUCAGACGGAGGCUCAUCCCUACCAGAUGCGCGCCAUCAGCGAGCUGCGCCGCCACGAGGACUUCAACAAGCUUACGUUCUACAACGACAUUGCCCUGGUGGUACUGGAGCGACCCUUCCACCUGGCCCCGCACAUCCAGCCCAUCUGCCUGCCGCCGGAGGCGUCUCCCCAGCUGGACAAGGAGCUGCAGGAGGCCACCUGCUUCGCCACCGGCUGGGGAUACAGCAAAAUCACCUCCCCCGCCAUGGAAAACCUGCUGAAGCGCAUCGAGCUGCCGGUGGUGGACCACGAGUCCUGUCAGCGACUGCUGCGCCACACGAUCCUGGGGCGUCGCUUCAAGCUCCACGCGAGCAUCCUUUGCGCCGGCGGGGAGGAGGGCAAGGACACCUGCAUGGGCGACGGCGGCUCCCCACUCUUCUGCUCCCUGCCCGGUCAGAAGGACCGCUUCCGGCUGGCGGGCCUCGUGUCCUGGGGCAUCGAGUGCGCCGAGAAGAACGUGCCCGCCGCCUAUGUGAACGUCUCCCUUCUGAGGAGCUGGAUCGACGAGCAGGUGGUGAAGAGCGGCUUCCCGCUAAUUGAUGGCUUGUAGGUUAGGUCGUAAGCUUAGCUUUAUCGGAACCACACAUUAAAUAGUAUCACUUAUAUUUGUGACUGUUUUGAUUUCAUUUUUAUGCGAUUGGGUUUCUUAAGAAAACUUCUAUUUUCUUAAAAGUACACUCCAAAUGGGAAUCGCCUAAAAUUCCCCCGCAAAGAAACUCGAAUUUUCCUUUAUCUAUAUUCUACAAAUAUUUGACCUAACUAAAAAACUACAAUUUGAAAACAAACAAAACUAUUAAGUAAACUUAAAAAAAAAUUAAAAAUUAUUAAAAUAUAUUUUUGCGAUUUUAUAAAA